UAGCCGCAAUAAGACACAAGUGUGAGCUCGCCGUCGUACUAUUAGUUGGCUGCGUGCGUAAUUUCGGUGACCAUGCCUGCACGUGCUGGGAGAUACUGGCCGCUUCUUGUUUGAUCCAGCGUGAGCACAACUUAUCGAUAUCUGCUGGAGAUUGGGCGCUAGCACGUGCUAAGUGGACGUAAAGACGUGCAUGUAGCCAGGAGAAUUGAGUGAGUUCAAAUUACUUCAGCGCCACUUGUGUCAGCUGGUGGAGCCAGGCUUGAGGUGUUUUGAUUCAACAAAAAUUUCUGGCCAAUUUUUGUUGAAAUAAAAUUCUGGAGAAUUCUUUGAUUCCAAAUUUCAGGCAAAAUUAUUCACAAAAUUUAGAAAAAAUUUAUUUCACAAACCUCAGGAAAUUUGAUUUCAUAAACCUCAGGAAAUUUGAUUUCAUAAAGUUCAGGAAAUUUGAUUUCAUAAACUUCAAGAAAUUUGAUUUCAUAAAGUUCAGGAAAUUAUUUGAUGCCACCAAAUGUGUUGAUUAAUUGCUGAAUCUAAGGUGUGGUCAGUGGCCAUCUCCCGGCCAGGUGACAGUUCCAGACGAGAUGGUACCGUUGUGUCUGAGAGAUGUUGACGUCCUAGACCGAGGCGACAUUACAGGUUUGGCCAUGACCUCUGACCGACUGUCCCUCCCUUCAACAGAGAAGAGCGACAAGUUGACCAGACUAGACGGGGUUCUCUCCCCUCACGUGAGCACCUCUCACCCCGACCCCGACUCGUCACUGGACACCCGGGUCUCGCCCGACCCUCGCUUUGACGGGGUCAAAGUUCAACACUUUGUCAAAUCUGAAGACAUAUCCACAGCUUUAAAGGAAGAAAAACCAAUGCAGAGAAAACGAGCUUUCAACUUCACAGACGAUGAUCUCUACACAGCUGAGUCUAAAUCUCUGGAACAAUCUCUGGACCAGUCUCUGGACGGUAGCCCGUCUUAUAUGAGCCCAGAUCCUGCCACACACAGCCGGUCAUCAGAGAACAGUGACUCCAACUCUACUUCCGGGGUCAGCAGUCGGAAGAAGGUCAAGAAACAGACUCAGUCAGUCGAGGAUCUUCAGAACCAGCGGGUGUUGGCGAACGUCCGAGAGAGACAGAGAACGCAGUCGCUAAACGAAGCGUUCGCCCAACUUCGUCAGAUCAUUCCCACUCUGCCGUCAGACAAACUCAGCAAGAUUCAGACUCUGAAACUGGCGUCACGGUACAUUGAUUUCCUGUACCAGGUACUGCGGAGUGACCAGCCGGACACGAAGAUGAGCACUAGCUGCAGCUAUGUGGCCAGCGAGAGGCUUAGCUAUGCCUUCAGUGUGUGGAGGAUGGAGGGGGCGUGGUCGACUCUAGGACACUAGCCAACACCCACAAAAAUGAAAACCGCUGAGCCAAGAGCAUAGACUGGUGUUACAGACAAAGUUGGGUACCGUGUUGUUAGCUGUCAUACUGUCACUUUACCACAUGAAAUAUGACGAAUAUGUGGACGGUGGAGGUGGAGGAACUGCUGCAUCCACCAAACUGUGUGGAUAACUCCACUGGAUACAUCAGCUACACAUCCUUGGCGUCUCGUUAUCCAAACAUUUGGCAGAGUUUUAAUUAGGAGUCACAAAUAUGCUAUGAUGUUAGACUGAAGCUAAACUAGCAGUCACAAAUAUGCUAUGAUGUUAAACAAAAGCUAAACUAGGAGUCACAAAAGUUCUGUAAUGUUAUACAGAAGCUAAAUCGGGAUUACGUUUGUUUAUUAAAAAAGAUAUUAGUUGAAAAAAAAACGUUCAAAGUAUCUAUUUUAUCAAUAUUUGUUGCUGCUAAUUGUGUCAAUUUGUCUAGAUUGAUUUGUUAGCUUUCCGAUGUAUUAUUUCUACUCAUGGUUUUUUUUUUUUAAAGGAAUUUCAACAAAAUGUGAUUAAUAAUAUUUUUAUAAAUAAAUAAUCAGAUUUUAAAAAUAACAUUAAACAAUGAAUCAUUUCAUAUCAUUCAUUAUUUAUCUACUCCCCCACCCCAAAAAAAAUCUCCCUAUCAUACUUACUUGGCACCGCCUAACGGAAAAGAAGUUGUGUGUGUGUGCCUUGACCUUAUGAGAUGGUUUUCUUAUUGGUGACCUUGACUUCCCGACCUCCAAUGACCUACACAAAAAGUGACACCAAAACUUAGAGCAGAAAACAUUUAUCAGAACAAUCCUCUUGUUUUAAUUAACUAAUUGCGACGUUUUAAUUACGAUAAGAAAAACAAAAGACGCUUGUUUGGUUAUCUGUGCUGGUAACUCGGUGAUAAGGAUUUCAUUAGUUGACACUAUCAACAUUAUUAUCUAAAUGUUGAUAAACAAUUAGCAAGAUUCUAGACUCGGUGUUGAUAAAUGUCAUGAUUGUUGCUCCACUGUUUGUAACUAACUUAGUGUGUUAUCGAUAUGAGUGUUAUCAACAUGAGUGUGUUAUUAUCAUGAGUAUGUUGUUAUCAACAUGAGCGUGUUGUUGUCAUCAUGAGUGUUAUCAACGUGAGUGUGUCGUUAUCAAUAUGAGUGUUAUCAACAUGAGUAUGUUAUCAACAUGAGUGUGUAAUCAACAUGAGUAUAUUAUCAACAUGAGUGUUAUCAACAUGAGUGUGUUAUCAACAUGAGUGUUAUCAACAUGAGCAUGUUAUCAACAUGAGUGUUAUCAACAUGAGUGUGUUAUCAACAUGAGUGUUAUCAACAUGAGCAUGUUAUCAACAUGAGUGUGUAAUCAACAUGAGUAUAUUAUCAACAUGAGUGUUAUCAACAUGAGUGUUAUCAACAUGAGUGUGUUGUUAUCAACAUGAGUGUUAUCAACAUGAGCAUGUUAUCAACAUGAGUGUGUAAUCAACAUGAGUAUAUUAUCAACAUGAGUGUUAUCAACAUGAGUGUUAUCAACAUGAGUGUAUUGUUAUCAACAUGAGUGUUAUCAACAUGAGCAUGUUAUCAACAUUAGUGUGUAAUCAACAUGAGUAUAUUAUCAACAUGAGCAUGUUAUCAACAUGAGUGUUCUCAACAUGAGUAUGUUAUCAACAUGAGUAUGUUAUCAACAUUAGUGUGUUACCAACAUGAGUGUUAUUUUAUUAGCUCGAGAGUAUGUUAUCAACAUAUUGUUGUGUGCAUGAAAGAUCUUUUUUUUUUAUCAACUUUUACAAACUAUGCAAACCUAUUUUACAAAGCUGGAUAUGCACAUUUUAUAUUAUUUUAUGAUAACUAGUGAUUUGACCUAAGCACUGUAUGAGAUGAAAAUUGUACUUAGUUCCGUGUUUAUGUUGACUCACUACACAAUGUGAGCGUCCAAUAGUGCCUCAACACACAUUUGUUUAUCCCAGUAAGUGCCCGUAUGUCGAGUAUUUACUAGCAAUGUCAACCAUUUGUGGUUGUGAAGAAUGUUAACUCGUCUAUUUGUUGACAUUUUUCAUGACACGUGAUGUAUUAAAAAUAACUUGAUGUAUUACUACACUACCUAAAUUAACCUGAAGUUAAUUUUUUUAAAUAAAUACAAACUAAACAGA